AUGGAACAAGACUUGGCACCAAACUUAUUCAAGGUCGAAAUGACUGGGAACGAGUUAGCCGAAUAUCUGCAUCCGUUGGAUCAUGAGGAAUUGAAACAACUGCUGACUAUUCAUCCAAAUGAAUUGACGGAUGUCGCAGUGAAUACUACCUCAAUGCUCGGGAACGGGAAUCCAAAUGAUGCUUUCACCACAUCACAACCAGAAAUUUCUUUGGAACGCAGUUUCGUACUGCGCAUCAAAUGUGUGCUGGCCAAGCGUAACGCGGGACUAACGACAGCGGGCUACAAGCGCAAACCUAUCUUCAUACAAAUUACCUACUAUCCUAGCGUCACACCAUUUCAUCUACCGUUUCACUCCCUCAUUUCUUCCCAACCUCCUCGGCCGGCCAAUUCUGUGAAGGUUAUUCACUGCAGUGGCUAUCUGAAAGUACGUCCAAUCAAAGUGGAUGGUCUACCGUACUAUCAGAACUUGGGUCUUGUGGCAUUUGCCUAUGCGAUCCCUUCACCCAAUGCAAACAAUACGGAAAUUCGAUUGGCCUCGGACAUGUUUAUGUUUCGAGCUAGUCUCGAUCUGAAGUUGAUUUUCCUUGAGGGCCGAAUCGCUUCAAUCACAGGUUUUCAACCGCAAGAACUGAUCGAUAAAACAUUGUAUCAUCUAGUCCACGCAAUGGAUGCCACAGCCUUAAGAUGUUCACAUGAGAUCUUGCUUGCCAAAGGUCAAGUGACCACACCGUAUUAUCGAUUGUUGACCAAAGUGGGUGGUUGGAUUUGGAUGCAAUCAUACGCGACCAUUGUGCACAACAGUCGUUCAUCUCGACCAAAUUGUGUGGUCAGUGUGAAUUAUGUGCUUUCCGGUGUUGAAACAGUUGGUAUGCCAUUGCUGAUGGAACAAUGCGGUUUGGAUGGAGGGAAACUUUCCACAUGUAUUGCCAUCCCAUCAGAUGCAAAACAAACUGGAUUGGGCCAAGAUCAUGUAGACUAUGCAUCGACACGAAAAGAUUCUAAUAUCUCAACCGGUGUGAAGCAUCGCCUGUCCAGUAAAUCAGAUAUUUUAUGUACCACAGGACGGAAACGAGAUAGACGAUGCCGGUUGGACGAAGAACCUGAUGCAGAUCCGUCAGAGUGCAAUGGGAUCAGUGCCCCUGGAACCAUGACCACUCCCAUUAGUAGUGAGAGCACGCACCGGUUUGGCCUUGAUUCUCGGACAGAUCGGUUUACUGCAUCCUAUCUGAUGGGUAAAUCAGACACCUUUCUAGGGGAUCUAGACUACCAGAGUAUUGAGCAGCACGCAUCAGGUACAGAAGGGACUACGAUCAGUAAAACAAGGACUCGUGCCGGUUAUGAUGCGAUCGCAAUGAACAACGUGAAUCUCAUGGAUCCGGCAUCGGUGAGUGGCCUGAGUGUUGGGUCAUGGUCGAUGGGUUAUGAAACAACGGAAGUGACACGAAUUAAUGACCCAAAAUGGCCCAACCACAGUAACACCUUGAAUAUGUCACACUUUCCAGGAACUUUCUACCAACCAGGAAAUGAUCCACGUCUUUUACAGCAGCAGCAGCAACAACAACAACAACAUACGGGUAAACUGGAUGGAUUGAUUCAACCGAGUAUCGCAGAGUAUAUGCAUGCAGUUCACGGUCCAGAUGUAUCGCAGAAUGAUUCUUUCGCAGUUAAGUUUCAGCCAAACUGUUCACUCAUGCAACCAAGUGAUCGCUAUCCGCUGCUGGAAAAUUCACCUUGUUCUUCUACUUCAUCCGCUACUGAUGAGCUGACGGCAGCUCCACCGCAUGACACACAGCAUCUUAAACACUCGCAACACCAUGAUCAUCAACAACAGCAACAACAACAAAAACAACCU